UACCCAAUUCCUGACACUCUGCUACCCCAGCGCCCCACCGGCGACUAGGCCUAAUUCUUCUUUUUCCCUACCUCGCGUUUUACCACGCAAAGCCCCAGAGCUUCUGCCCAGACGCUGCUUGCCUACUCGCUCGCUGCAGCUUGAUUGAACAAGGGAACCCCCACCACCGACGCCAUGGUCCGCAAUAUCGUCGUCCUCGGUGGGAACUCUCAUCCGCAGCUCACAGAAACAAUCUGCAACCACCUCGGCAUACCGCCUGCAAAGGUGCUCCUUGACAAGUUCAAGGGCGGAGAGACGAGGGUCGAGAUUGAAGAGAGCGUUCGAGGAAAGGAUGUAUUCAUCAUCCAGUCUGGCGGCGGUAAAGUCAACGACCAUUUGAUGGAACUUCUCAUUGCCAUUUCGGCCUGCCGAACCGCCUCCGCAAAGCGCAUCACCGCCGUCCUACCGCUCUUCCCUUACUCGCGACAAUCAGACAUCCCCUACAACAAGACUGGCGCUCCUCUCGCAAAAGUCCCUGGCCGCUCAAGGACCGGCACAUACACGUUCGACUCGCGCCCGCAGACGCCGCACCCCGGACAGGCGGAGAGCGCGGGUCUGCCAAACGGCACUGCGGCUCUCCAUCACCAGCUGAGUCGCAUGAAACUCGACGAACGCAGUGGCGGACCCUCGAAUCCUACUAGCCCCGUCAAACAGAACGGUAUUAAGCGCACUGAGACGAUCGACUCGAACAAGUCAGACAAGUCAGAUAAUGGUUCGCAUGGCUCCAAUGGCAUAAAUGGCCUCGUGAGACAGACAACUACAAAGCCUCCUGCGUUUGAGCCCCAGGUCGGUUACCGGCAAUGGGUCGCUCAGGCUGGUACUCUGAUUGCGGAUCUCCUCACCUGCGCUGGCGCGGACCACGUCAUCACAAUGGAUUUGCAUGACCCUCAAUACCAGGGCUUCUUCGAUAUCCCCGUCGAUAACCUCUACGGUCGCCAUCUCCUCCGUAAAUACAUACAAUUCAACAUCCCCAAUUACCAGCAAGCCGUCGUUGUAUCCCCAGACGCUGGCGGCGCAAAACGCGCUACCGCCAUCGCUGACGCGCUCGGCAUGCCCUUUGCCCUCAUCCACAAAGAGCGCCGACCAACACAAAUCAAAGACCGGCAAAAUGCGACCAUGAUGCUGGUCGGCGAUGUUGCGGACCGGACAACGAUCCUGGUCGACGAUCUGGCGGAUACGUCAAACACAAUCACACGUGCGGCCAAGUUGCUGAAGAAGGAGGGCGCUACCGAGGUGUUUGCGCUCAUCACGCAUGGAAUCCUAAGUGGCGACGCCAUCGAUCGCAUAAAUGCUAGUGCGCUAGACAAGGUGGUUGUGACGAAUACGGUAGAUCAGACGGAUCACAAGGCGAGAUGCCCCAAGUUGGAGGUCCUCGAGGUUGGCAAUGUAUUUGCUGAAGCCAUCCGACGUGUCCACCACGGCGAGAGCAUCAGUGUGCUUUUCGACUACAGCUAGUACUGUCUUCCCAAGUACCUGUGGUCCAGUGUCUGAUUAUUUUUUCUGGAUACAACCGAGUUUUUUCGGUUCUUGCAUCACUUAGUACCA